AAUACACUAGUUAAUGUUCACCAUUGACGUAUAUUAAAUUGUGCAAUUUUUAAAUUGGAACUUAUUACAUUAAAUGAUUGUGUGAAAAAUUGUUGAACUAUAAAAUAAAUAUUAUAGUUAUACCUCAUUUAAACAUUCCACAUUAUUUAUUUAGUAUAGAGAAAAAGUAGAACUGUGAUCUAAUACCUUGAAGUCUGAAGAUGACCGCAACCGAACUUUUGGCAUUGACUGCAUUUAUUCUCACCUCUGAAAUGGUGUACGGCGUAGACGUUUGUAGUGAUUAUCACGACACGGAUUGUAUUCACCCUACUGUCACUCGAAAUGUACAUCACUAUGUAAAUGAGUGGGCUGUCGAGGUACCUGGGGUACCAGACGAGGAAGCCAAAACGUUCUUGGAAGAAAUGGGCUUUCAGUAUAAAAAACGAUUAGGGCUGGGUACAGAUAUACAUAUAGUUACAGAGUCAACCGUACCACCGGAACACGUUAUGCCCAACGAAAAUAUCAUCAAAACGCUAAACAAUCAUGAAAAAGUAGUAUCUGCAGCGCAAAAGCAUGUAGUGGAUCACGUUCAAAACAACCCUGCAAUCAACUCGUUAACUGAUGCGAUAGACGUUUACUGUGAACACGUGAAUCCCGCCACAAUCGUAAUGGACGACGGUCGUGAAAACUUGCUGAGAGUUUUACAAACAAUGACCGAUGAAGAAAAAAAAGUGUACCCUAAAAGACCAGAAGCCAUUUAUCAUCUCAGUCUUAUUGACGCUUUGACUGCGCUUGACGGCAAUGAAAAUGCAGAAUUGGAUGUCGACGAUGAACAAUCAGAAGUAGAGGAAGUCAUAUCCGAAUAAAACAAUUUGCAGGGGCGAAUGUAAUUUAUAAAAAAAAAAAUACUUAGUUUAAACAAUAAAUAUACAAUUUAAAUGUUAUUAAAGGGAUAUAAAAAAAUACGACCGUGCAAACUACAAUACCAUUUAUUGUUACAAAUAAAACUAUUUUCACAUGAAA